AUGCUGCGUCCGUCCUUGCGUCUCCGCCACAAGGUGCGGGACGUCGGGGGAAACGCGCACAGUUUUGCCUUUGACACCAUGACGAGGGUGUACCGCGACGCGGUGUACGCGAAGGAGGCACAGCCCACCUGGAACCCCAUCUUCUCGGCAGAGCGGGAGAUCGCGGCGGCGGCGGCGGCGGCGGCGGCGGCCGGCGGGGCAGAUGCGCCGGCCCAGGCUUUCACGUUGUCUCAGGCAGGUGAAACAAAAAAACUGGAUCGCGCCGCCGCCACCGCGGCGCUGUCCGGUGAGAGGCAUCGGUCCCAACGACGAAGUGGGGUCCAGUUGGAGAUUUUGAGUCUCUACCGUGACAUGUUAAAGGCGUCACAGCGGAUGGAGGACCCACAGGCGAGAAGGGACAUGCGACGGUUUAUUCGUGCUGAGUUUGAUAGGAACCGCGAUAUCCCUCGCAAGUUUGUCACUCGCAUUGAGUGGCAACUGCAUCACGGGAAAAACAAACUAGAGGAACUGCGUGCCAUGCGACCAGAUACAAAGUUUUCCAUUCUGAAGUGA